AUGGAUCCAAUCUUCACCUUCAUCCUUCUCCUGAUGAACUUGUCUGGAACUUUUACCAAGUACAUUUACGUUGAUGACAAAAUGGAUUGGCUUGAAGCUCAGAGUUACUGUCAGCAAAACUACACAGACCUGGCUCCUGUAAGUACUGAGAAGGAUGUCAACAAACUUCAGGAGCUCUCCAGUAAUGUCAAUCACCAUAUCUGGAUAGGACUGGUGAGAGAUUCCUCAGGUAGUGGGAACUGGAUGUGGUCAGGAGGUGGAGCAGUGUCCAGAUUUUCCUGGGCAGAACAUCAACCAGACAACUGUCAGGGUAAUGAAGAUCGUGGCUGUGUGCGGAAUAACACAUGGUACGAUGCAGUGCCAUGGUAUCAAACAACCUUCUUCUGCUACAGUGCAGAAGUGGUAACAGAGGAAAAGACUUGGGAGGAAGCUCUGGAGUACUGCAGACAGCACCACAAGGACCUGGCCAGUGUGGCAUCUGAGACAGAGAUGCUGCUGAUCCAGAGAGAGCUGAGCAAACAUAACACCACUCAAAAUGUCUGGAUUGGAUUGCGUUUCCUGCCUGGGAACUGGCUGUGGGUGGAUGGGCAGGAGAUGGACUACAAGGCCUGGGGUCAAGGGGGAAAACCAAUAUGUCCACAACCCAACAUGAAGUGUGGAGCCCUACAGGUGACAGGAGCCAAUAAGGGUGCUUGGGAGGCUCAUGACUGUGAAGAGAGACUACAUUUUGUUUGCUACUGA